AAGAAAAAUCCCGGAAGUUUGUUUGUUUGUAAAAUCUGAAGUGAAAGUGCAGCAAACGUUUCCAGUUUUAGCUGAAUGGGGAGUUAUUCCUUCAGUCUGAGCUGAAAUGUCGCAGUUUAAGGAGUAUAGCGAUGCUGUGAGGCGUCUUUAUGAGCGCUACACGGAGUUUGUGAGGAAAAACCCUGCAGCUACAGCCCAGCUGGAGAACACAGUCCGAACCCUGUCCUACCUGAUAGCAGGGCGCUUCGCUGAUUCUCAUGAGAUCUCUGAACUUGUUUACUCUGCAUCCAACCUUUUGGUUCUGUUCAACGACAGCAUCCUGCGUAAAGGACUGAGAUGCGCCUUCUCUGUGCCACUGUCUCAGCAGAGACUCCUCACCUGGCUGUCGGUGCUGGAGUACGUGGAGGUGUUUCUGGAGAUGGGGGCCGGGAAGCUGUGGGGGGAGGCGGGUCGCUGGCUGAUGAUCGGGCUCAUCCAGAUCUUUAAGGUAGCUUUUCGCCUCGUUCUUCUUCUGCUGUACAAAUCGGGCCUGCAGACUUCACCUCCCAUAAUCCCUCUGGACAGAGGGUCUGAAUGUGUCAGCGAAGAUGAUAGUACCGGGGAGCAGCAGGAGGACGCCUGCUUCGUGGGUCAAAGGUCAGGCCGGGCCAUCAGACCUCUGGGCAGCGCUCCGUCCCUGCAGAGCCGGCUGUGGGGAGCUCCGAGGAAGAGGAGCAGCAUGCAGGAGAAGAUCAACAGCAGGCCGACAGAUCUGAGCUUCCAAGAGACGCUCGCCGAGUCAGUUUACAUCAGCCGACCUCUGGUGCACCUUGUGUGUCUGGGAGUUUGUGGGAAGCGGUCGUGGAAGCCGUGGCUCGUCUCAGCUGCCCUGGAGCUGUCGAGCUUCGCCAUCCUCAGAGACGCCAAGUUUGAAAACCGGUGGGAGAGAGCUGAGAUGAAGAGGCGAGCCUUCCUGCUGUGCUACUAUCUGCUGCGCUCCCCGUUCUACGACACAUUCUCAGAGGAAAAGAUCAUUUUCCUGCUCAGACUUCUGGCUGAUCACGUCCCAGGAGUUGGACUUGUGGCGCGUCCUCUGAUGGAGUACCUCCCCACCUGGCAGAAGAUCUACUUCUACAACUGGGGAUAAACCUUCAUGGAUUCCAGCUCCACCUGGAAUAUGGACCAACAUUCCCGUCAGUUCUGGGAAACAGAGCUGAAAUGUUAUUGUUCUGAUCCGGUUUGACCAACCCGGAGGACCGGUCUGUCUGCGGAGGUCAGGCAUGCGGAGCGUCUCCAUUCCUCCAGCCUGUAAAUUACUCCCCGCCGACAGGCUUCCAUCAUUUGUGGAGUGAGCCAAGAUCCUUCCCU